AUGAGCGCGACCAUGACUAUAACUAGUCCGCCGGAGAUCACGGCGGACAACGUCGCAACGCUCUUCCCCGAAGUCGAUACCUCGCUGGCUCGCGAAGUCCUCCCCACCAACAGCAACCAAACUGCCCGCGAAACCAGCGAUCUCGAGGGAUACGACGAGGAGCAGGUGCGACUGAUGGAUGAAGUGUGCAUUGUGCUGGACAACAACGACCGACCUAUUGGAAGUGCCAGCAAGAAGACCUGCCACAUAAUGACAAAUAUCGACAAGGGUCUUCUUCACCGCGCCUUCUCUGUCUUCCUGUUCGACUCCAAUAAGCGUCUCCUACUGCAGCAGCGCGCCGCCGAGAAGAUCACCUUCCCUGACAUGUGGACCAACACCUGCUGCUCACAUCCGCUUGGCAUUCCCGGGGAGACGGGCGCAGAACUGGAUGCUGCCGUGCUGGGCGUGAAGCGGGCCGCGCAGCGGAAACUGAACCACGAACUGGGUAUUAAGCCGGAGCAGGUGCCGCUGGACCAGUUCGAGUUCUUUACGAGAAUCCACUACAAAGCCCCAAGUGACGGCAAGUGGGGAGAACACGAAGUGGACUAUAUUCUUUUCAUCCAGGCCGAUGUCGACCUGGAGCCCAACCUGAACGAGGUGCGCGACACCACGUACGUCUCGGCCGACGAACUCAAGGCUAUGUUUGAGCAGCCCGGGCUGAAAUUCACGCCGUGGUUCAAGCUCAUCUGCAACUCGAUGUUGUUCGAGUGGUGGAGCCACCUGGGCACUCCGGCCCUUGACAAGUACAAGGGCGAGAAGGAGAUCCGCCGGAUGUGA